CUUUGUCUCAGUUUCGAUAUUAUAGUUGUAUUGACUGGUGGCCUGACCCCAUGGAAUAUCUGCUUCUCGUCACAGAAGGGGUGUAGCGAUGUGAGAAUGAAUACCCGGCGUCAAUAACAAAGAGGGUUCGGCGAACACUAGAAUCCUGAUAAGUUCUGGUUCUCAAGAUGCAAAUCAGAAUACCGACCUACCUAAGGAAAGCGGUGACGGGCACUUCUGGCAAACAUGAGAGAUGAUGGAUGUGGGGAUGGAUCGAUUAUCCUCAACAUUAUCACAAUGGAACACAGUCGUGGAACCCGGAAGCAGCAUGGUUAUAAACAAUGCAUUUAAUCUUUUUUCUUUUCUAUUUUAUGCUGCGAGCUUGAUUUUCGAGUAUGUGAAUGCGAUCGUUGUGACCCACCGUGGUUAGUGAGGGACGAGACUUGGGUGAGGUCAAAUCAAGGUCCAGGUCAUACCACACCAGGUUAGCAUACUCAAAUACUCAAUCAUGCAGUCCUUCUGUGAGUGGAGUAUCGGCGGCGCACCAGGAACCUGGUCGUCAGCUGGAUCUGAAUCUACAGGAUGAGGAUUGUGCGGUUAGUCCGGGAGAUCUCAUCAGCGGAACAAAACCAAAAGGGGUAGGAGGCGAGUUGUUAGAUGCCAACGGUGACCCUUACCUUUCUUAACGGCAAAAGCCCUC